UUGGAUUAAUCCAUUUGACUUGACCUUGUAAGCCGUUCUCGGAUCAUAUCAAGGGGGAUAAGCGAAGAAGCGACUAUGUCAAAGGCGUGUACGCUGGAGAACGGGGUGUUGAACCUGGCCGUGCUUCGAGAGGAUUCUCGGCGUGAGCUGUUCUCGAUCCUGGACUCGAUCGGCAAGGAUAUUUGCUUCGUGUUAGACCCAGAGCUUAAUGGGCCGCUCAACCAUGUGCUAGUAGACGGCACAGCAGUGCUCAAAGACCAUGGUGUUAAGGAUUUCCACGCGUUCGGCAAGACAGUUAAGACCAGCUGCGAGUUUGUCCUCUUCCUCGUGCGGCCGUCUGUGCGCGCCAUGCGCUACGUGGCCAAAUACAUCCGCGACUUGGGCGCGGACAAGUCCUCGAGCUCGUCCAAGAAGCGCUUCCACCUCUACUACGUGAGCCGCCGUACGCUCGUGUGUGACGAGGUGCUAAAGAAAGAGGGAGUGUUCGGUAGCCUCAGUGUGGGGGAGUACAAAUUGGAUCUCAUCCCUUUCGAUGACGAUGUAUUGACACUCGAGUUGGACGCGUGUUUCAAGGAGUUCUACGUGGACGGCGACAAGACCAAUCUGCACACCAUUGCAGCCUCACUCAUUAAGUUGCAGACUGUAUUCGGUAUGAUCCCUCACGUCAAGUACAAAGGCGCCAUGGCCAAGGUUAUCUACCAGAUGAUGACUCAUUUCCGUCGCGAACAGGAGGUGGCUGGCAACCCCAUUGGUGUACUGGACCCUGAGAUCGACACGGUUGUGCUUAUCGACCGUAAUGUGGAUCUAGUGACGCCCAUGUGCUCCCCCAUGACGUACGAAGGACUUCUGGACGAGAUCUUGGGCAUCACGCACGGCUUCAUCACUGUGGACGCGGAGCUCAUCGCUGACGACGACGGACCCAACUCAGGCAACAGCAACCGCCCCGCACAAGUGUCAGUGCCACUCAACUCAAACGACAAGCUGUACGCCGAAGUGCGCGACUAUCACGUUGAACGUCUCGGUAUGAACCUCCAGCAACAGGCUCGCGAGAUCCGCGAGCGCUACGACGAGUUCCGCAAGAACCGCGACGCUUCGAUCAGUGAGAUCCGCGAGUUUGUCAAGCGUAUUCCAGGUCUCAAGCAGAACUACCAGUCCCUACAGCAGCACAUUAAUCUGGCCGAGCUGAUCAAGAAAACCACAGACUCGAAGCGUUUCCGCGAUCUCAAGGACGCAGAGAACCUGGUACUUACGGGUGAGACGAUCUUCGAGCAGCUUGAGGAGCGUAUUGGAGAUCAAGAGCCUCUGCUUGGUGUGCUUCGACAGUUCUGCCUUCAGUCUGUGGCUGCAGGCGGCAUCAAGACGAAGAACUACACGCAUCUCAGUCGCGAGCUCGUACAGACGUACGGCUUUGAGAUGAUGCUGGCACUGAGCAAUUUGGAGAAGGCUGGUCUGCUCAGUCGACGUGAUACUCUGUGGAAUGAAGCGAGCGGCUUUGGACUUGCGCGGAAAUCGUUUCGCUUGCUCAAUGAGGAUGUGGACCCGCGUAACCCUCGUGAUUGUGCUUACGUCAGUCGUAGCCAUGCCGCUGGUUAUGCCCCGUUGUCUGUGCGUAUUGUAGAGAGCGCAGUCAAGCCCCGUGGCUGGAGUGCUGUACAGGAAGGCCUUCGUCAGCUGCCUGGACCCUCGGGGGAAGUCUCGCAGGCGACCAGUAAGAAUGCCAGUGACGACCCAGCUGCACCUGCUGCGGCUUCCAAGCUCGACAACUUCGGUAGCGAAGAACGCAAGGUGCUGCUCGUGUACUACCUUGGUGGUGUGACCUUUAUGGAGAUCGCUGCACUGCGUCAUCUAUCUCGCCAGCCUGACUGCCCAUACGACAUUAUUGUGGCAACGACAAAGAUUGUUAACGGCGACACGCUGCUCAAGUCGUGCUUUGACAAGGAGGUGCUGCGCUUCCUGAAGCUGUAAGCUAGUGUAACCACAGACAAGUGGAGACGGCUAAUGGAUAGAGCGCGGCAAGAUAUAACGUUUGCGUGGAUUUUAGUUUUUGAAUAUGGUUCUGGCUGUGACCAUUUUCGAAGCUGCCUGGUCUUUUCUUACGUGUCCAUUUGUCUUGGUUAUGUUAGAGCUCCAGCUCCAUGGGAGCGGCGCUCUAGCUUGCAUAUGUAAAUGGCUUCGUCGUAGUAUUCAAUGGCAUCACCACGGUUAUUGGUCGUGCAUGU